GGCCGUCCCACCGAUUGAAGGGCGCCCUUUGGGAUUUCAGGGGACGCGGUUCGGGUCCAAUGAGAGGGCCGCGGAGGCCGGAGGCAUAGGGAUAAGGAUCUUGAUCCUGAAAGGCGCCCUGGGGCUGCACCCUGGCGCUGCCUCCCUCCCCGCGCAGACGGGCUUUCCGCGCGCGUGCUUUCCUGUUCGACUUCCGGGGCUGUUCUGAUAAGAGCGCCUGAAGUCCGUUGGUCCUGGUGGGCGCUGCUUGGGAUCCUGGUGUCAGGGCCCAGAUACAGGUGUCCCUGCUGCGCAGGCUCGGGAGCAACAGUGCCCGUGUGCAGGGCGCAGCCCGAGUUGUCCCCGCAACGUGCUCAGGUUGAACGGGGCGCUGUCAUUGUACACUGUUGAGGAAAGCAGGUUUGGCGUGAAAGCGGCUUCAACGUCGAACUAACCUGACCUGUAAAAUGAGGCGUGUCCUCUGGGUCCCGGAGGCGGUGGAACCGGGAACCCCUUAAGGCUGCUUUACCUUCACGUCUCCAAAUGCCAGGUCCUCUUGAUAGCAUUGAAGACGCUCAGAUCGUCGCUCCUCCCGUGUUUAAUCUGCUGUAGGCUCGCUCUCCUCACGAGCUUUUCCAGGACUGCAGUAUGCUUGAAAGGAAAAAUGAAAGGGCUCUAUAGAACGAUUCCUAUCUGAUGGCGUUAAUCCUGGUACUCCGAAGUGGAAUUUUUUAAAUUUGGAAUGUGUAAAAGAUGCGGCUGUCUUCACAGAGCAGCCCGGAUGGCUCUGCAGCCUUGUGAUCAGCUUGGCUCCGAACGUUACCGGCUUAUUAGGUGUUCCUGGAUUCCGGAAUCUGGAGGACGCCUCCCCGGACUCUGGUCAUCUUCCCCUGUUGCAAAGGACAGGCGGAAGGUGGAGGGAAUACAGCCUGGGCCCUGCCUGUGUAGCCUCCCCUCUGCCUGUGACUGAGCUGCUCUGGAGCGGGACCGUCUGCCUUGUUUUACCCGCCCUUAGUGGUCUGUCCGGGUCCCGCGCUGUCGGCACCCAGAGCUCCAAGGCCACAGCCUCCCACAGAGAUGCAUGGCUCCCGGGGACGAGCAGGGAGCUGCCAAGCUGCUGCCCUGAUGCUCGCCAGCAGGGCAGGGGCACAGCUGAUGAUUAACUUGACUUAAGUAAUACACAAAUCAGACUUGUGAGUCGUCAGCCUCUAAUUACAAGUAGCCUUUGGAAGAGAUCAAACAGGUUUUUUUGUUUAAUUUUUUUUUUUUUUAUGUGGGGACCAGAAGGAACACGUAGACUUUUCUUCAAACUUUGUUCUUGGCAUGGAUUACGUGAUCAAAAGAGAAGAAUAAUUGAAUUUGUGUGACAUCAGCUAGGGCUUAACACUUUUACAUUUUCUUGCAGGGAAAAAAAAUAGGAGUAAUACUAGUUCCGUGACGAAGAGUAUAAUCAAAGCCUUUCGUCCCCAGCACGGUCGCAGACCUCACAGCCCCGCUCCUCGGGGCCCCUCCCACCCCCACGCUGGCGCGGACCGGGCGUCACCGUUCAGGUGUGAAGACAGGAAGGACUUGUAGCCACCCCUCGGCAGCUGGUGCUGCAGGAGCUCCCCUGCGUGAGCGUUUCGGGGAUUUAAACUGCAGUUAGGAACUUAGCACAGUUUGCGCGUUCACACUUACAGACGGGCCGCACCUGAAGGGCCGAAGGAGCAUGCAGUAGGUGCUUAGCAAGUAUUUGGUGAGCAAAUAAAGGAGCGACUUCCGUUGCUCUCACAGAAGAGAGCAUUUACUGUCUCCCUGUGCUAGAUUUCUGAGCUAGUGAUGCCCCCGUGACCCCCGAGCAGGGCGCCUGAGCCUCUCUGGCCAGUCCUGUGCUUAUCCAUUGAUCACUUCGGGGAGAUCUGUCCUUCCCUCACAAGUGGCUCCCGUCCCAGUUUCAUAGGAGUUAGGUGACCGGCACACUGACAUCGCCUGGGAUGCCCCGAAGAGGCAGGAAGCCCCACCUUCCAGCAGGGGGCGCUGCCAGCAUCGGUGGGACAGGCGCCCGCAGCUGCAAGUAAAGAAAGGUUCUGGGGACCCCGCAGUGAGAUCUUAUCCUGAAGGAUUUCCCAGGAGUUGACUUUGCUGGUCGUGACUUGUCCUCAGAGUGGCAUCGUGCAGUGGUUCCUUUCCACUGGCACGUUGUGGCAUUAAGUACUCAGGAGCGGGCUGCUCUGCAGCGUAAGCCUGAGGACCCGGACCAGCCACGCUGGCCUCAUGAACUCACAGGGGCGUGAACUCGCUCAAGGUCACCAGUGAGGGCAGGGCAUCCCAGGACCGUGCCAGGCCUCUGUCCAGUACCUGCGAGGCUGAUCUGUGCCCCUGGGGCCUUUGCUACUGAUUGAUGGACCUCUUUUCCAGCCUGGUGGUCACGUUUACCCACCGGCGGGGCCCAGGGGGCAGCCACGGAAUUCACGUGUGUCCUGUUUGCUUUGCAUACUCUCAGCUUUUGAGGAAAGAACAUGGCGUUUGUGUUUCAGACGCCAUGGGUGUACCCUGAACUUGAGGGCAUUUUUCCUUUUUGUGCUUUGCCUCUGCCGUAGAGGUUCGAGGAGACCAGAAUGCUGGGUCAUGGAUGGAAACCGAAGACAAGCAAGUGGAAAUCAGACAGUUCUCUCAUGGUCCAUAAAGUAAACAUUUCAGAGAAAGGGAUAAGCUUAAUCUGUUUUUCAUGGCGUUCCCUGGAUUGCAGUUCUCAAGCUUCCUGGGAGCAUAGGAAACCUUUGCAUUGCCUGGGAAGCUUGUCCAGAUGCAGGUUCCCGGUGUGGCUGGGAUCCCAGGAACCCACGUUUACACUCAGGUGAUCCCACCUCCUGGGGAACUGUGGUGUGCACUCCCUUCCCCCUCGGCCCCUUACACAGGUUGGGAGGUUCUGACACCAUAUGCUGCGCUGACAGCCGGAAUGCUGGGGACAGAGGUGGGGAGGAGGUGGCCCCCCAAACUCGCUGGCUGCUCUGAUGGGGAUCCACGUGACUGCCACGGUCCUGUUCCCCCAGCGCUGACGUGUCUGCAAGCUUUUCUCUGCGGAAGAAAUACGUGGAGAGAGAGACUCUGUGGCUGGGUUGCCGUGGGUCAUGCUGUCCUGGUCACAGACCAAACUCAGGACUAUUAGCACAAAGUUAGAUGCCGAGAAGGAGUUAAUGAAAAGCAGACAAAGAAACCCCAGGUGAGGGAUGGGGGAGGGUAAAGGAGAAGGGCGUAAAUCCUGGAUGGCCAAGCCCCCACGCGGAGGAGCAGGGGUCCUGAGGAUGGUCCAUCAUCUGCGAAUCCCUGAGAGCCUGUGUGCCUGUGGCCUCUCGGCAUUAAUCAGAAACCACCCGCCGAAGGCCUGGCGGGCCAAACAUUAAUCACAGAGCAAUUAAUCUCAGCACAAGCACACAGAGGUGAUUUUUUUGGGGGGGAGAGAGGAUCAGAGGGAGGAAGGACGCGAACUGGGGCGUCCAGAGGUGCCCUCCUCCUUCAGAAGGUCCUGACCAUCAUGAUUUGGAAGCGAAGAGGCCGGAUCAGUUUAGAAGCGUUGGGUCAUGUGUGACCUAACAGAGGAACCGACUAUUCUGUUGGCGCUGUGGCCCGACUUCAUGACAGGAAAAGAAAAGUCAUUUGCAAUAAAAACACACACUGGCCCCUUUGCCUGAAUUCCGUGUUCUUUAUGGGGAGGGUAGUUGGCCGGAGCCCAUCUUUGCAUCCCCCUGGCUCUCUCCGCCACUGCUCUUCACCUGGGUAGCGUUUUCCUCUGUAAAAAUAUUCAGAGUAAGAAGCCAGAUGUUUAGGCUGGACGGGAUGGUUCGGGGAUUAUGAAGUUUUUAUUAAAUUCAGGACUGGAUUUUGCUGUGAGCUGUUUACAGUGGGUAGUAUGGCUGCGAGGCUCCGUUGCUGUAACACGUGGAGCUUGCUCUCAGAGCUCUGGAUGGGGUCCUGGAGCAACGGGGAGUUGGGCACGGUGGCCUGGGCGUGGUGGCAGGGAAGGUGUAUCAGGGAAGGUGGCCUGGGCAUGGUGGCCCAGGGAAGGUGGCCCAGGCAAGGUGGCCCACUUGUGGUGGCCAGGGCAUGGUGGCCUGGCGAGCAGUAGGCACUGUGUCGGGCCCUGGGCUUCUCACCCACCUCAGCUCACCUGGGCUGGUGUCCGAAUGCUGUGCCCACGUGACUCUCUCAUAAAAAUCGGAAAUUACUGCCGCCUGCUUCCCUCUUGGACCGCAUCCUCAUAGACCGAAAUUACUGAAAUAAUUAUGGGGCUCAGGGGAAUUCCUCACUUUCUGUAUUAGAUCUGAAACACAAUUAAUCAUUUUCUUAAACAGGGUGAACCACAUAAUUACAUUCAUUCAUUACUUGCCUUAAAUUUAAUUGUUGAUAAAAAUAAGAAAUUUAUGCAGCAGACCUUGAAGAUGGUGUUGUUUUAUAAUCGGAAGAAGGAAAUCAGUGUUUUGACGCAGUCCGUGCUGGUGCAACAUAGAUGUUAUUUACGUGUGGGAACGUGUGCAAUUACGUGUGAUGAGCGUUAAGCGCAUACACGUAUUAUGUAUGUUAUAUAAUUACACGCACACACGUUCGGCUAAUGCUCGUAGUAACGCAUUUAUGGCUGAGGGCUGCGGAGGACAGCGCCUCAGGGCAGAGCUAGGAUGUGAACCUCCAAACCCAGAAGAUUCUCGGGCAGAUUUUGAGGCUCGCCGCGUGCAGGCACUGCCCCUCCUGCCACGCCCCUGCCCUGUCCCCAAGGGCUCCGCAAGGCCUGAAGGGCCACCUGCAAAGGGGGGAUACACAGAAGGGGGCCUUUUUCUCUCGUGGGGACUUUCCUAAGCCCUUGGAAGGUCUGGGGGUCACCCAGGGCCGGCUGAGUGAGAGAACAUGGCACAUGAGCGUGGGAAAGUAGGUUCUUACAUAAGCUCCGGGAACAGCAGCUGAACACGUCGUCUGCACCUCGUGCGAGGGUAGGUGCCUGCUUCCGAUCCCGCGGAUAUGCUCGGAGGCUCCGUCAGGCUCCUCUUAAAGGAACACCUAGUUGGGAAUUGCUGAUUUUUUUAAAAGUCUGCACUUGCGGGUGGGAAACCGGUUGGCGGGGGAGGGCCGGGGGCUGUUUUCCUCUGGUGACCGGAAGGCAGGGGAAUUGUUCCAGGGAGUAGAGAGGAGCUGUCGGCUUGAGGAGCUGGAGCCGUGGAUUUUGGAGGUUACAUUGUGUGCUGGGCGCCGAGGUACCGUGGGGCACCGAGCUUGCUUUCUGCCUCCGAUGGCUUUGUUUCUCACGCUUGCCCUUCCUAGAACCGCUUACGACGCCAGGAUGUCGGCCUGAAAACCCACUUGGAGCAGCUGGACCGGCAGAUCAGUGAGCUGCAGCUGGACGCGCGGCGGCCCUGCAGCGAGGUGGCCGACAGUGACAGCAGGCCCAGCUCAGGCUUCUACGAGCUGAGCGACGUCGGCUCCUGCUCCCUGUCCGCCUCCUGCACGUCUGUGUGUAGUGACCGCAUGUACUCCUCCUUGGGCACUUUGCUGCCGGCUGACCCCGUGGCCAGGCCCGAUGCGGGGGACUACCGGCCCCGGUCAGCCGACGAGACCACCGUGCGCGGAGAGCCCCUGCCCGCCUGGAGACCCCCGGCCACGGAGGAGGGCAUGUCCCGGCCCAGGCCGGUGUCCACAGGUGAUCUUGAAAGAGGCCUGCCGUCUGAGAUGGUGUUCCCGAAAGCCAGCGCAGACCCCAAGGCCACUUCCUUUCUCUGCCACGGGAUGGACCUCCCAGCCCCCGUGCUGGACCCCAAGUACCAGCGUGAUCUGGUGUCCAAGGGCGGCAGGGAGGUGUACCCUUACCCCAGUCCCCUGCACGCCGUGGCCCUGCAGAGCCCUCUCUUUGCUCUACACAAGGAGACCCCGCGGAGUCAUGGCCAUUCGCCCCCUAGGGAGCCCCUUCCCAGCCCCACGGCCCUGGGCUCCAUGCAGACUGGACCUGUCCUUGAGGCUGGCCCAGCUGCAGCCUAUAUAGACAGGCUGCUGAGUCUGCGGGGCCGAGCAACCCCCCCAAGGGGCAGUGUGGGUGAGCAGGGACCCCCAAGACGCGAGGCGCCCCCAUGCCCACAGGUGCUUGGUGGCCAGAGAGCGAACAGUGACGGUAGCCUGGAGAAGCUGGUGUGCGCCCCAGGGAGAGCAGGAACAGGUGGCAUGCCUCAGAGGGGGGACACCAGCAGGGAGAGCCUCGAGCAGCAGGGACCUGCACUCCUCCCAGCCACCCCACACCCCAGCAGCCUUCCAGAGGAGGGACCCAAACCCCCAAGGGGCUGUGUCCGUGGGGAGACCAUGGUGGGCUCCCCUGAGUCGGGGCAUGGACGAGCCCCCUCUGCCCACCCCCAGGCCCAGCAGCCGGCUCUCAGUUUCCAGGAGAGCCCCGUCCUGUUGCCCAGCAGGAAGGGGGGCAGGGAGAGCCCCGCUCUGGCCCCAGGGUGCUGUGUCCACCCCCCGUUUGCUGACAGUGGAGCUUCCCUCCUGGGGUUGAAAACAGGCCACCCCAAGACAAAGGCUGUGAAGAUCAAGAGAGGGGCCAGUGACAAGGUGCUUCGGUUUGGGGGGCAGCCAUCCCCCGGGGGGGCCCUCUCAGUCCCCCAGUUGCCCCCCAAGUUGGGGGAGGAUCUCAGGAGGAGGCCCACCCUGGUGGGAGUGGCACCCAGCCGGUCCUGCUCUGAGCCCAGACUCUACCCCGUGCCCGUCCUGGUGCCCCUGCUGGUGGCCCGACGGGAGGGUCGCCGAGCCCCCGCCUCGGCCUUGUUCCCCUUGGAAGCGGCUGCUCUGGGGGCCGGUGGGGAGGCACAGAAGAAACAGCGCAAGUGGCUGUCCUCCGUGGAGAUCUCGGGCAGCCUGGGGCCCCACAGGCCAGCGGCCAGCAGAGCGGGGGGCCCACGGCCGGUGUGUGCCCGGGCCAGGCCCAAGCUGCCCCGCCAGGACGCCCGGGUCAGGAGCGAGUCAGAGGGCUCUGAGCAGUCGGCCGAGGGCACCUCCCUGCUCCACUCCACUGUGGCCGAGACCAGUGAGGACGGGGCGAGCGACCAUACCGCCAGCCACUUUGGGGACAAGGAGUCCAGCAGCAGUGACUCAGAGGCUGGGGCCUGGCCUCGGGCGUGUGCCCCGCAGCCCUCGAGGGCCCCAGGCACCCGCAGGCCACCCCUGCCCCCAGUCCCCAAACUGUGCCGCAUCAAGGCCUCUAAGGCCCUGAAAAGAAAGAUCCGAAGGUUCCAGCCAGCGGCACUCAGGGUCAUGACGAUGGUGUGAGGCCCACGGCAGUCGGCUGAGAGCCUCCCGGGCUGCACAAGGACCGGGGGUCCCAAGGGAAGCCGUCCUCCUGAGGACCCGCAGAUGAGUGCGCAGCCAGCGCGGCAGGCCCUUCCCUGGCCAAGGACCUGGCUCUGGCUUCACUGGCUGUUCAGGGUGUGGCUGCGGUUUGUGUGUCGUCUUUGCCGAUAUGGUUCCUCUCUGGAGACACUCAGAAGAGGCGGUGGAGUGGGUCCCCAGGCUCGCCCCAUGGACCGCAGUGACUCUGGGGAGCGUUUCCCCGCCCCAGUGCAGACUGGCGAGACUGCCUCUGUGUCAGCGUCUUCCUGGGGUGGACGUGCCCCCCACCCCCGGUCCCUCAGCCCCCCAGCCCUGUUCUGCGUGGGCUGGGUGGCAUGGUCACCCCCAGUCCUUCUAACCCAGGACUCCCAAAAAAGCAUUCUCCUAAAGGGCCGGUUGUAAGGCAGUGCUCGAGAAAUCAGGGUGUGACUCCCACCGGAAGCCCUCACCGUGAAUAAAAACGCUAUUUCGCCGUUAUCUUCACCAGCCCGUCUCCUGGCGAGCUGCCUCCUGGCGAGCUGCCUCCUGCUUCCUACUGGCACGCGGUCAAGCCUGACUCCCCACCGCGGGGGCGCCCUCACCUGCGGUGGGACAAUGCAUUUCCCACGCGUGCAGCCCAGGCUGUGCUUCCAACCCACAGAACUGAGCAUGAAAGUGUUUUUGAAGGGGCGCCCGGCUGGCUCAGUCCCUGGACCAUGUGACUCUCGAUCUCGGGGUUGUGAGUUCAAGCCCUGCAUUGGGUG